AUUUGUAUAAGUACCUAUUUAUGUUAUAAAAAGUCUAACCUAAGAUUGCAGUAAAUGGAAAAGUGAAAUAAUUGUCUGACUGUACUCCCGACAUUCCGUGCCGCGCGACGCGCGUGUCCAUUCUCUCGCCUGCCGCCGCGCCGAGCGCUCGGGAACAUGCUGGCCAGAGUCCUCGCGCUGAGCUCGUGUGUGUGCUCGCUGCUCGCCUACUCUCUCCAUGCAGGGAAUGUCGCAGAAAGCCAGUCCGUAUUGGACCCGGACGGCCAGCUGGUGUUGAGAUGGCGUGUAGACUACGCCAACCGGAGGGUUCAAUUUCAGUUGCUAGUGGCCGAGUCAGCGCCCGUGUUCAAAUGGUUGGCUCUCGGCUUUUCCGAUCGAGGGGACCUGGAGAAUUCAGAUGUGUGUGUGCUGUGGACUGAUUAUAACGGCUCUGAGCACUUCGAGGACAUGCACGCAGACGGCUCCGGGCGCCUGCUCCACGACCCGCGACAAGACUGUGAGGGCUUUCACCUUGACGGGAGGACACGCACCAUCCUCUUUGAACGCCCCUUCGACACCUGCGACGAUCACGAUUACAUCAUCGAGGAAGGAACAGUCCACGUGGUCUGGGCUAGAGGAACCGACAAACUGUUCUCAUCUCAAGGGCUCUGCUUGACUUGCACAACUACUAAAAAUCAUGGCUUCAUCAGAGUACGGCUCCUGACCCCUGUGAAUAGACCUAAAACUGAAGGAACACAAUACCACUUCACAAAUAAAGAUCUUAAGGUUCCAGGUAGUGAUACUACUUAUUGGUGCAGAGUAUUCAAGCUGCCUGAUUUCAUUACUGAGAAGGUUCAUCAUAUCACACAGUUUGAAUCAGUUAUAACUCGAGGAAAUGAAGGCUUGGUACACCAUAUGGAAGUAUUCUACUGUGACGUGGAUCCUAAGAAAGAAGUCCCAUUAUACGAAGGCAAUUGCUUUGCUCCAGAUAGACCUGCGAUUACCAAUAAAUGCUCUAAGGUAAAAGCGGCAUGGGCAAUGGGAGCUCGUCCAUUUACGUACCCUGACGACGCUGGUUUACCUCUUGGUGGGCCUCAGGCAAGCAAAUUCGUCAUGCUGGAGGUGCAUUACAAUAAUCCAGAAAUGAGAAAAGAUUGGGUGGAUAGUUCUGGCAUCAUGCUGUACGUGACCCCGAACCGGCGUAAAUACGACGCGGCGAUCAUGGAACUGGGCCUCGAGUAUACGGACAAAAUGGCGAUUCCGCCGGGACAAGACGCAUUUCCCCUAACCGGUUACUGCGUGCCACAGUGCACCGGCGUUGGUCUCGCGGCAGAAGGCAUCACUGUCUUCGGCAGUCAGUUACACACGCACUUGACAGGUGUGGCAGUUUGGACGAGACAUUCACGACGCGGCGUGGAGCUGCCAGUGCUGAACCGUGACAUGCACUAUUCCACGCAUUUCCAGGAAAUCAGGCUACUGCAUAAGCCUGUUAAAGUCUUGCCGGGUGACUACUUGGAAACAACCUGCAUCUACCGCACGCUGGACCGCCCUAACGCCACAAUUGGAGGUCAUGCCAUAACGGACGAGAUGUGCGUCAACUACAUCCACUACUACCCUGCCACGAGCCUCGAGGUCUGCAAGAGUGCUGUCUCAAACGCCGCCCUGGAGAGCUUCUUUAAUUUUGAGAGGAACUGGGAUAACAUGUCGAUCUCCAAGUCAUCGCCACCUCGCCAGAGUUACUUGUCCAUCGACCCGUGGAGCCCGCUAAGAGUGAGCGCGUUACACACGCUCUAUACGGAGUCGCCAAUAUCCAUGCAGUGCAACCAGUCCGAUGGGCACCGCUUCCAGGGUGACUGGGAGGGCUUGCCUAUCCCCAAAAUCAAGCUCCCUCUUCCAGCGGAAAGACGUGUCUGUCCUAAUACCCACAAUGGAAUUCAGUUCAAAAAAUGAAUAAGCAUUAUCAAUCAAGCAUGACCAUAAGCAUCUGUCUUACCCUAAUAUACUUGUAAUUAAUUCAAAGAGUACCUAGGUGUAUUUGUCAAAUGGUCGAUGUCUCUUGUAUCACUAGAACAUAGGUGUUAAAUUAUUUGAUAUAUAUUUUACUUCGAUCACGCCAUUUGGAAAAAAAAAUAUAGUUGUUUUUUACUGCAAAGUUUGGCUUACCAAACUACCUAUACAAUACAACAAACAAAAUUGUAUGAGAACUAAAA